GUGAAAAGAGAGAGCUCUCUAAAGAUGUAGUGGUUGGGAAGGAAACUGUGCAUGUUACCUUCAGUACAUGAUUAUAUCUUUAGGUGGAUGUAUCUGUGUGUGUGUGUGUGUAUGUGUGUAAUGCUGAGCUAGUGUGGCUCACACAUUCUGCUGUGUUUAGUGAUAGGCGAGCUCUAAAACCACGUAGACACGAACAGGACACAACAGAGUUUGACUGAGUGCCCCGCAGUUGUCAACACACACUUUUAUGAGCUAAUGGAUGCUUCCCGACUUCUCCUCCUCAUCUUUGUGGUGACUGCAUCCAAAUGUUCAGAGACAGUCGAGCCCCCUUGUGAGGACAGUUCUGAUGAUUCAUUUAAACUUUUUGAAGGUGAAGCUUUUUAUUUUGAGCCUCAACUUCAUGUGAGUGACAGUGACAGCCACCCGAAUGAAGAGUUCAAAUGGUACAAAAAUACCACCAAGACUGAGUAUCUCUCAUCUGAUGAGAAAGAGAGGAUACAUUACCAUGAUGGAGCGAUCUUUUUCUUAAACAUCCUCACUGAAGACUCUGGUCUUUACACUGCCCAGCAUAUAAACCAUCUAGGAGAAUGCACCAACUUUCAUUUAAGAGUUGAAGUCUUCAGCGCAAGCCAUCGAGGGGAUGACAAAUUCCUUUAUGGAAACAUCGAAAACAGUGAUGUGAACAAAAAGGUCCCAUGUCCAGAUCGUGUCGAGGAAAUAUGUGAAAAGUUUGGGGGAAAUUUCACCUGGUACAAGGACUUUAAUAUUCUUCAAGGUAACCAUGCAGCUGACCUGUGGGUUAAAAAAGCCACCAAAGAUCACGAGGGCAUCUACACCUGCGUUUGUACCUGGACACACAAUCACAAGGUGUACAACUCGUCAGGCUCCAGGAGGCUUAAAGUUAAAGGUCAACCUGAGUCCUAUCGUGACCCAGAAAUCCUCUCUCCAGCCAACACGGAGCAGUUUGCUGAUGAAGGCUUUAGGAUCCAACUGAACUGCUCAGUUUUCUGUGGGAUUAAUGUGAAACGUGACUGUUCUGCUAGAUGGUAUAUUAACGGAAACCCAUUCAACCCCACCCACGGAUACAGAGAAACUACUGAAAUGACUAAUAACACUCCAAAGAACACCGUCACCACCAUCCUGACCAUUGAAAAAGUGUCUGCUAAAGAUUUUCAAGAUGAAUUUAAAUGUGUCGGCACUGGCUUGUACACCACGAAGAAUGCCACUGUAACUCUCAAGCGGAGAGGGUCGAUGAUUCCACUGGUCAUUACAUCAGUGUGUGUGUUGCUCUUCUGUGUGUUUGCUGCCGUGAUGGUGAAGUGCUUUGCUAUCGACCUCGCUCUCUUCUUCAGACCUUUCUUCCCACAAAGACGUUGCAAUAAAGAUGGGAAGUUGUACGAUGCCUAUGUGAUCUACCAGAUGCAGGACAUGGACCAGGUCACUGAGGACGCACUCUGUCAGUUUGUCACGGAGACUCUGCCGUGCGUCCUCGAGAAGAAGUGUGGAUAUCAACUCUUCAUCUACGGGAGGGAUGACAUACCUGGGGAAGACCGUCUGGAGCGGGUGGAGAACAGCGUGAAGCAGAGCAGGAGACUGAUAGUCAUCCUCACCCCGGGUCCAGGAUCAGGGUCCAAGUGCACAGACCAAGGUUCUGCCUUUCCCCAGGACUCAGUAAUAGGAGGGUUUGACUGGCAGGUGGGGCUCCACCAUGCUCUGGUCCAGAGGGAGAUGAGCGUGAUUCUGAUCCAGCUCGGGGACACUGGGCCCAAAGGAUACUCACACCUUCCCGUAGGCUUGCAGCACCUUAUUCGCAAGAGUGCCCCCUUGAAGUGGCCUGAGGGUUCACGUGGUGCUGCCUCGUGGAACUCACGUUUCUGGAAGAGAGUGCGAUACCUGAUGCCUGCAACACCUGUCAAAAAAUGUCCACAGGCUGCUAUUAUUUGAAACCCUUAUCCAGAUAUAUAUAUAUAUAUAUAGUUGAUGGCCUCAGCUAAUUAACUAUAUAUUUUACUAUACUAUAUGGUUUUUUAAAAAAUGCCACAAAUAUUAAAGAAAAUGCUUUUGGUUUCUUGUGUUUUGUCCUUAUUGGUUUGGUUACAUGUAAUGUGUUUUAGGGAUAUAAGCAUAGCAACGUUCAUUGAGUUGACAAGUAUACAUAUAUUUAAUUGAGGAUGUAGUGAGGAGUAUGUAUGUUUCUGUUUAUUGCUCAACUCCCUUCUUCCCAGCCCAAACAAUAAUUUUCUGCCGUAGAAUGAAUCUUUUGGGGGAUGUUGACCCACCGUUAAACAUUGAAUUUAACUGUUGUUUUAGCGUUGAUGCAGUAGAGGGAGACAAAUGUCCUUGCUAUUGCAUUUUCACCAUUAGAUAAUUUGAUGCAUUGGUUAAAAUUCAGUUCUUUCUAAUCUUUACUUUUGCAGAGUUCCGAUUUAUCCAGCCAAUGAAGCUCAUUGCUCUGUAAGGAUUACUUUUCCUAGUUACAUAUUGAUUUAAUACGGGUAAGAUUAAGAUGGAAGAGAUUUUAGCUUGAAUUAACAAAUGCACUGAAGCAAAAACUUUGUCUCUAUGAUGCCAGUGAAUGUCGAAAGUGCAAAGGCGUA